AAUAGUGUGUGUGUGUUCUGUGACGAGUUGAAAAUGGCGGCGUGAGGCAGAUCGUACAAACUUUAUCGGAUAAUAACAAGAAGCUCGGCUAUUUAAAACCUCAGUUUGGAUUUGGAGGAGAUUACAGUUUGGGGAGACGUUGAAUUCCAUUUACAGUGUUUCCCUGGGUGACAUUAAUGAUUAAGAGCAAGACGCUGAAAUUCUUUUUUCCUCCGAAUGAUUGGUAGAAAGUUCUUCCAAAUAAUAGCGUUAAUUUAAUUUUAUAUACGCAGUGAACUUCGACAUUUUGUCUUCUCGGGACGCGUAGACAUUUUGUUAUUCGAUUUGCGUGACAUAAGGCAACUUUUCGCGUUAUUGAACCGUGUAGCUUCCUCAGUUCCUCCGAAACACUGGGUUGGCUGCUUCUUAGCUAGCUGCUGAAUAACACAAACAUAUGACGGAACUUACAUCUUAAAACGCUUUCCGACGAAUCACUACAGCACAAUAUCUCGGCCGUACAUCUCUGUGAGACGAGUGGUCGCACUACCCGACGCCCGGUCGACUUGUUUAAAUUCUCAGUUUACAUUUUGUUGUGGUGCAAGAAUGUUACCUUUUAGUGCUGGAUAGCUAGCUGGCUAACUAGCUGAACGUCAAUGCCGAGGGAAGUUCGUGUUCGUGAGCUCGUCGUUAAAUGUAAAUUUUCGGAAUAUACUAGCUCUCUCUGUUAUUGCUUUCGUUUGCGGGGGCCUUGUUGUUUAAACUCUACGUGUGUGAAUUAUUAUAUUGAUAGCUUGGGUCGCUCACUCGACCGCCAUGUAGGCUCUGGCUCUCCAGAAGUUGUACGGCGGCGGACGGCGCUUCUGAACAGCGAAAGCUCGUCGGCUCUGGCUCUCCAAAAUUGAACUUUGUUUGACACUGACAGGCUACACACGUGACGUUAGAAGAUCUUUUGCGCGCAAGGAGCCGCGUCUUUUCUGCCGUGGAAGCGAGGACGUUUUCCGCUCGACAUUCUCCGAGGCGCUAGUUUAGUUCGAGACCACCUUCCACCCUGGACAUUGAUUGAAUUUCCGCUGGAGAACUGCAGAGUGGGAGUUGAACGCUGAAGAUGGAAGACGCGCCCCGUUACAGCAAGAGAUUGCGCUCAGGAACACGACGACGGUACCAGGAUGAUGGUAUCUCUGAUGAUGAGAUUGAUGGGAAAAGAACUUUUGAUCUGGAAGAGAAACUACACAGUGAGAAGUUCAGCUCCAACCUUGUGAAGCGCAUGGAAGGCAAAGACUUCACAUUAGAGUACAUCCAGAGGGAGGGGCUGCGAGACCCCAUUAUCUUUGAGAAACCAGAUGGACUUGGCAUCAAAAUGCCCGAUCCAAAUUUCAGUGUGAACGAUGUAAAGCUCUUUGUAGGAAGCAGAAGGGUAAUUGACGUAAUGGACGUGACUACGCAGAAAGGCAUCGAGAUGUCCAUGGCUCAGUGGAGGAGGUACUAUGAGACACCUGCAUCUGAGAGAGAGAAGCUUUACAAUGUUAUCAGUUUGGAGUUCAGCCACACCAAGCUGGAGAACCUGGUCAAACGUCCAGCAGCGGUGGAUGCCAUUGACUGGGUUGACAACAUGUGGCCACGUCAUCUUAAGGAGAGACAGAGGGACUCCACUAAUGCAAUAAUUGAAAUGCAAUACCCCAAAGUACAGAAGUACUGUUUGAUGAGCGUAGAGGGCUGCUUCACAGACUUCCACAUUGACUUUGGCGGCACUUCUGUUUGGUAUCAUGUACUGCGAGGCGGUAAGGUUUUCUGGCUUAUUCCACCCACAUCCCAAAAUCUGGAGCUCUACGAGAACUGGGUGCUGUCAGGGAAACAGGGCGACAUCUUCUUGGGUGACAAGGCCGCAGCCUGCCAGAGGAUAGAGCUGAAGCAGGGCUACACCUUCAUGAUCCCCUCUGGUUGGAUCCACGCGGUCUACACCCCCAUGGACACCAUUGUUUUUGGGGGCAACUUCUUGCACAGUUUCAACAUCCCCAUGCAGCUUCACAUUUACAACAUCGAGGACAGAACACGGGUACCAGCUAAGUUCCGCUACCCCUUCUACUACGAAAUGUGCUGGUAUGUGCUGGAGAGGUACCUGUACUGCCUGACCAACACAUCACACCUCACUCCAGAGUUCCAGAAGCACUCUCUGGGUAUCGGACUGAAGCGGGAGGACUGCCCAUAUGUAGAAGACACCCUUAAUGACCAUGGCAAAGAGGAGGAGGAGCAAGUCACCACUCCCACGAAGCCUGGAGUUAAAGUGCACCUGACUCCGUUUGAGCUCGAAGGCCUGUGGAACCUGCUGGGGAAGCUGGAGUCUCUUCCAUCUCACAAGAAGUGUGUCCCAGCUGGGAUCCAUAAUGCACCAGCAUUGCUGCAUGGCAUCCGGACUCUUUUGCAGGAGCACGCUAAUGAUGACCCCAAACUUUCCUGCACUGGAAAACCUAUUGUUAAGUGGCCUCAAAGGCCUUCCUGGUACCAGCCCCCUCACCCACCACCCUCCAUGUUGCCUCGGCCACGUCUCUCUGGUUCGUUAGCACACCCCUUGCCCCCACCACGGCCUCCAAGGCCCCCAUCUUCUAUAUCGGCGCUACGAAGGAGGCGCGUGCGCUGCAAGCGCUGCACAGCCUGCCUGAGGAAAGAAUGCGGCAACUGCAACUACUGCAAGGACAUGAGGAAGUUUGGAGGCCCAGGCCGACUCAAACAGACAUGCGUUCUACGCCAGUGUCUCGCUCCGGGACUCCCGCUGUCAGCGGUGUGUGCAAUCUGUGGUGAAAGCGGCCAGGAGCCCGGCAAGACACCCAUCUCCUCCCUCACACUAAUGGAGUGUUCCAACUGCGCCCAGAUCACCCACCCUGACUGCAUCAAGGUGCAGGGAGAGGGUGUGGUGAACAAAGACCUGCCGAGCUGCUGGGAGUGCCCUAAAUGUACCCUGGAAAAGAAUGCCAAUAUGGAGUCCUCAGAUAGUGAUGAUAACAGUAUAGCCUCAACUGGCUCUGAGGCACCAGUGUCCACCACAACCUCGGUGAAACACUCCACCAAGGUGACAAUGGGGCAGGGGGAUCAUGGAGAGGGCAGGGCUACCCGCCGCGGCAGGCCUCCGCUCACUCUCUCCUCACUCUCCCUAUCGCGCACUCGUCGCAUGGUGCCACCCCCCUCCCAGACUCUUCUGGAGCAGCAGCAGCGGCAAAACAGAAAGCGUGCGAGGGUUUUGGAGACGCGUCUCAGGAAGAAGAUAAAGUUAGAUCAAGGCAAAAUUUUGCAGGCGAAGCGAAAGUCCUCUCCAGAUUCCCUUUCUCAUAAAGUCCUCCGCCGGUACAGCCAGCGAGAGGACAGUGACAACUGCGUUGGCCGUCGUAAUCUCAGGGGCUCAUCCCUCAUCUCCUCCAGGGGGAGUGGGUCUGGCAGACGAAGUCUCUGGAGGGGAUCCCCCUACCGCAUCAUCCGAGGGGGCAGGUUAGCCACAAACUCACCGCUGAGACGGCAUGAACUAGGGAUGAGGUGUGACAAGGAUGGCUGCAGGGAAAGGGCGCGGGUCAUACGAGGCCGUGGCCAGAUUCAGCAAACCAGAGAAAUCAUGGAGGAAAGGAGCAUGGAUGAAGACCAAGAUGUUAAGGGAGAUCUUGAGGAUGGACAGCGAGGAAGACUACUGGACAAGGAGAACUGCCCACAAGGGCUGGGGGCACAAGAUGAUGGUGAUGAGAGUGAGGAGAGGGAGCAAGAUGGAGCAGAGGAAGAGGAUGUAGAGAUGGAUGAAUAUGUGGGAGAGGGAAAUGGGUCAGAUUCUGAGCCGGACCCACCAGUACUUUUGGUGUCCGAUAUGCAUGAUGAUAUCAUAAAUGGCUCUCGUCUGACUGUGACCCUGCAGCGUCCCGCGAAGGCCAAGCGUGACCCUGGAGCCAUUGUACCCAAGCUAGAGGCAGCAGUUACUGCCAGGAGCCCCGAGAACCAGGGGUAUGUUCAGCGCAAGACACUGCAACGACCUCAGCUCAAGAAUGGCCAUGCACUCUCGGAUGCCAAGUAUUCCAGCAGAUCUGUCCCUUCUGUCCAACACCCACAAGUUCAUCCCCGAAACUCCACCGCCAGAAGAGAGGUGCCUGGGACCCAUGCAAUAGCCCCACUGCCUGGGCCAGUGAUCAGUGUCACCUCUCCAUCAACCUCUUCUUCCCAACAUUCUGGCUCUGCCCUCUCCCCUUCAGUUAAAGACCUGGGAAGUGAACCAGGAUGUGAGAAGGAGGUGUGGGUUUCCGUGUUCCGCUACCUGACCCGGGCAGAACUCUGUGUGUGCAUGACAGUUUGCAAGAACUGGUACAAGUGGAGCUGCGACAAGCGACUCUGGACCAGGAUCGAUUUGAGCCGGUGCCGUUCCAUCAGCCCUCAGGCCCUGUCUGGCAUCAUCAAGCGCCAGCCCGUUUCCCUGGAUCUGUCCUGGACACCAAUCUCCAAGAAGCAGCUCUCCUGGCUCAUCAGCCGGCUGCCAGGCUUGAAGGACCUGACUUUGUCUGGGUGCUCCUGGUCUUCCGUCUCAGCCCUCAGCUCUUCCAGCUGCCCACUCUUGCGCUCCCUGGACUUGCGCUGGACAGAGGGGGUCAAGGAUUCUCAGAUCCGGGACUUGCUUAAUCCUCCAGGUUGCAAUAAUCGCAGCAAGCUCAGGAACUUGCUCUCUUUCCGGCUGUCAGGCCUGGAGAUAAGUGACUCUACAUUGCGGCUCAUCAUCAGGCACAUGCCCCUGCUGACACGGCUCGACCUUUCACACUGCCGUGGCAUCACCGACCAGUCAGUCAACCUUUUGACUGCUGUAGGGUCCUCCACACGCAACACACUGACCGAGAUUAACCUAGCAGGCUGUAGUAAGCUGACAGAUGCCUGCUUGCGUUACCUGAAGCGCUUGUCAAGUCUCUCCAUUCUGGACCUACGGGGCUGCAAGGGUGUGACACGGAAGGCCUGUGAAAACUUUAUCUCGGAGCUCUCCAUCAACACACUGUACUGCCUCUCUGAUGACAAGCUCAUACAGAGGAUAUCCUAGAUAUUAACUGCCAUUAGGGACAAAGACUGUAGAAGGACCAGUACUGGUGGAUGGCAUGAUGGUUUUUUUUUUUUUUUUUUUUUUUUUCCCCCCCCCUUCUUGAAGUGAAAGACUUCGAGCAGGGGGUCCUUGUAAAGAGUUUUACUGUAUAUGGAGAAGAAAAUGUCUGGCAAAAUGACUGGAGCCAGGGACUCUUUAUCCCAAAGUUGUAGGAAAACGUAUAUAGGAGCCUCACUUUCUCCGAAGCCCAGUGUGAGUGACUUCACUGUUUCUCAUGCAACUCAUGGAGGGGUUUUUUUUUUUUUUUUU